GGCGCGAGUUGAGAAACCAAGCCGAGUUUCAAGUUGCAUUGCUGACACACAAACACUCUCUCACAGAUCUACAUUUACACAUCGAUUGGGAUUCAUUUAUCCUGAAAAAAUGAUCGGACAGAAAAGCAUUAAGUUGUUUUUCUCCCCUACCUGCAAGAAAAGGGAGCUGGACAAACUGAGCAGAAGCGAGGAUGUGUGUGAUGUGAAAAAGCGGAAAGCCGGGGAUGAUGUGCUGCUGAGUCCGGAGCAGCUCGAGCGGAUCGCCAGGAACAAAGCGGCGGCUCUGGAGAGACUUUCCUCCCGCCGCGGGGUCGUGGGAGUCGGGGAGAGCUGGAGGAGAGCGCUGGGGGCCGAGUUCAACAAACACUACUUCACAUCGUUGAUGGACUUUGUUGACAACGAGAGGCAGAAGCACACGGUGUACCCGCCCCUGGAGCAGGUGUUCACAUGGACACAGAUGUGCCAGAUUGAAGAUGUGAAGGUGGUUGUUCUUGGUCAGGAUCCCUAUCACGGGCCGAAUCAGGCUCACGGCUUGUGCUUCAGCGUGCAGAGACCCGAGAGACCUCCUCCGAGCUUGGUGAACAUGUAUAAAGAACUGGAGUCCGACAUCGAAGGCUUUCAUCAUCCUGGCCACGGUGAUCUGACGGGAUGGGCAAAGCAAGGCGUCCUGCUGCUGAACGCUGUGCUGACUGUGCGAGCACACCAGGCCAACUCGCACAAAGACAAAGGAUGGGAGACGUUCACAGACGCUGUGGUGCAGUGGCUGAGCACUAACCUGGAGGGCCUGGUCUUCAUGCUGUGGGGCUCGUACGCUCAAAAGAAAGGCGCUGCGAUCGACCGGAAACGACACCACGUCCUCCAGACCGUUCACCCGUCCCCGCUUUCUGCACACCGGGGCUUCCUCGGAUGUAAACAUUUCUCAAAGACCAACGAGCUGCUGCUGAAAUCCGGGAAGAAACCCAUAGAUUGGAAAGCACUGUGAGUUAAGCGAGUGCAGAUGGUUUAAGCUGAAUGUUCAGUUCAUAGUAAGCUCUUUUGUGUUGUGAUGGCCUGUGUGGUUAUCCUAAGCAGUUUUACACUAUUUUAUACUGGACCUUUUCUCCAGAGGAUCCUCUCUUGUGUCUUUUGUUUUUCCUUUUUUUUUCCUUUUCCUCUUGAAUGAAAAUGUUCAUAAUGGCGAUGUUUUUGUAUGUUCAGUUCAGUUGAUCUACACUGCUGUUUUCUACGUCAUACUUUUGCACUUUCUAAAAACUUCUUCUUUUUUUUUUUUUUGUUAAUAAAUCUUAAUAAAAUUGAUAAAAAGGAGAA